CUAAUGAUAUCAGUUGAAAUCAGUCUGACAAUGCAAAUGACCCAGAACAGUAGGCAAACCUUAUAUAAGAAGAAUUUUCCAGGAGAAAGCUCACACUGCAGGAGUAGAAAACACAGCCUGCACAUCUGAUUCAACCAUGUUUUUGUUGAAGCUACUUGUAACUUUUAUGAGUGUAUUUCACUCCAGCUCUGAAAAUACGGAUUUCAGAGCUGAAAUGAAGCAUACGUACCUUCAUGGGGAUGUUAUUAUUGGAGGUCUUUUUCCUAUUAACCAACAAACCAACAGAACAACAGAUCCUGGUCCAAUAUCCUGUAAAAUGUUUGAUAUCCAAACAUUCCUACGUGCCCAAGUGAUGAUCUACUCUAUCCAAGAAAUAAACCAACAGACGCCAAGACUGCUGCCCAACCUCACCCUUGGAUAUGACAUUUAUGAUACUUGUGGAGAUGUCAGCCUCGCCAUCAGAGCAGCUCUGCAGCUGCUGAAGGACCAGUCAGACCCACAGAGGUGUCUCAUACCUGCAUCCAUCAAUUCCUCCUUACCUGAACCUGAGACGAAGGUGGUUAUUGGAGAGGAAUUGUCUGAGGUAUCCUUAGCAGUUGCAAGAGUACUUGCUCUACCAUCAGUCACACAGAUUAGCUAUGCAUCAACCAGUGAGCAGCUCAGUUUAAAAUAUAAGUUCCCCACCUUCCUACGGACUGUUUCCAGUGACAAACAUCAGACGCAAGCCAUUUACGAGCUGGUGAAGUAUUUUUCAUGGCAAUCAGUGGCCAUUGUGGGAAGCACUGAUGAAUAUGGGAAGUAUGGAACUGAUAGUCUCCUGAAGCUCUUCACUGGCAAUAAUAUUUGUGUUGACUUUGUGGACAUUCUCCCUGAUACCUUUGUCAAAAACUGUUCAACAGCAAGAGAUCUGCUGAAAAAAAUAGAAAUUUCUACCGCUGAGGCCAUCAUGUUCACCAUAGACACCAAUGUUCGUAUCAUCCUUGAAGCAGUUGUUGAAAAAAAUCUCAACAGAACCUGGAUAGCAAGUGACACCUGGUCCACUUCUUCUAAAAUCUCUGAGAUGACAGGAAUCGAAAGCAUUGGUCCAGUUUUUGGUUUCAAUUUUAGACAGAAGGAGGUGCCGGGCUUUCAAGAUUACGUCACCUCAAUGUUUAAUGGAACUACAAACAGCAUUUUGAGUUAUUAUCAAGUUUUCACAAACAGCUCCAAAGUUGACGUGAAGUGUAACUGCGCGAAUAAGACUUCCGACAUGAACUGCUUGUACUGCUACAUUGAUCAUGAUGAAUCCUACAACAUCUACCUGGCUGUUCAGGUCAUUGCUGAGGGCCUCAGAAUCUUACUCAAAUGUAACAAUCAAAGCUGUGAACAGACCACGUUUACUGCUAUUGAGCUUUUUCAUGUAAUCAGGAAGAUCAACAUCACUGUGAAUGAUACAAAUAUCUACUUCGAUGAAAACGGAGAUCCCAGUCUGGGAUACGACAUAUUGUUUUGGAACACAUCUGCGUCCAAAGAAGGUGUUGAGAAAAUAAAAAUCGGAGAAUACUGGCCAAAUAAAAACAUUUCAUUUAACAAAGAUCUGUCACAAUGGAGAACCACUGAAAAUGUCUCUGUUUUUAACUGCUUUAAAACAUGUAAACCAGGAGAAAAAAUGGAAUUACAUUAUGGAAAAUGCUGCUAUAGAUGUGCUAACUGUUCACCUCAAGAGUCUUCUUAUGGAAAUGAUACUUUUUGCAGUCUAUGUGAAGAGAACGAGUUCUCACCAGCAAACCGCAGGUAUACUUGUGAGAAUAAAACUGAAGAGUUUCUUGAGUGGACAGACCCCUUCUCCAUCAUUCUGGUCAUGACAUCUGCUAUUGCAAUAAUUGCUACUGCAGUCAUUGCUAUCGUCAUUGGCUUCAACUGUGGGACUCCCAUUGUUAAGGCAAUUGGAGGUUCCCUGUGUUAUGUGGAGAUGGCCUCCUUGCUCCUCGGCUUUUGCACUACCUUCACCUUUAUAGGAAAACCCACACCAAAUUCCUGUGUAGGCAUUCCUCUCUUCGGUAUAAGUUUCUCCCUCUGUGUCUCCUGCAUUCUGGCCAACUUAAUUCAGAUCCUGCUAGGUUUUAGCUUUGACCCGAGGGUUUGCUCUAAGAUUAAGAAGCUUAAUCAUCCAGUAGCUGUGGUUGUCAUCAUCUCUGGUGUGCAGUUGGGUGUAUCCUUAGCUUGGCUAAUCGUUCUCCCACGUCUUCCUUCAAAGGACCAGAAAGAGUCCACAAUAUUGUACCAAUGUAACAUGUGCGAAAAGUCCAAAAAGUUUUUUGUUGCCACAAUAGUCUACAACUCUUUCUGGGGCGUUGUGUGUUUUAUCUUUGCAUUCAAAGGUAGAAAGCUACCAGACAUUUACAAAAAUGCCUCAUUGAUCACAGUGAGCAUGGUGCUGUUUUUAAUCAUAUGGAUUGUUUUCCUCCCAAUUUAUCUCACUUUGGAAGGAAAGUACAAACCGGCUAUAAGCAGUGCAGCCAUUUUGAUCUCAUGCUUCAGCAUUCUUGGCUGUCACUUGGCCCCCAAGUGUUACAUUAUGUUGUUCAGGAAAGAGAUUAAUAAUCAAAAUGCUAUCAGUGAAUAUAUUAGGAAACAUUAUGAGAGGAAGGACUUAUCCGUGAUUUCAUGAUCAUACUUGCUUGUCUUUGUUAAAGAUGAGCUGCAAAAUAAUAUAAUAGAAUCCAGACAUGAACUGUAUGCAAAGACAAAGUCAAACUUUUCUUCUUUUUGUUUGACAUUAAAUCAGACCCAAAGUUAGGUAAGCUAACUAGAAAACUUUACUAAAUAUCUAAAGUGAAAGAUGGAAGGAGGGUAAACUGAGUACUCUAUCGAUAUGGACUAAAAGGCCAUUCAGAGAGUAAAAAUCUGUCACAUCAUAUUGUAAUGCAUCAUGUUGUUGGGUGUUCUAUUGCAGGCAGAAUUGGUGCAUUCCACAAAAUAGAUGGAAUCAAAAGGAAUGAAAGUUAUGUGGAAAUAGUGAACGAACAUCUUAAAGCAGCAGCUAGAAAGUUUAAGAUUGUAACACAAAUGGAUCAUUCAAAUGGAUCUUCCCACUAAAUUAGUUACA